AGUAUGGAAUAUACAAGCUAGGGGGAUGGGCUCUGGAGCCUGUAGACACAGCCAGCAUCUGGGAUGUCUGUGCCCUCAUCCGUCAGCUUGUGUUUCUCUGUGUGCUGCUGGCAGCCAAUCACAUUACACAGGUAACCAGAGGCUGGGCAUGCUUGGAGCUGAGAAAAUCCUCCCGUCUGUUCCAUGCAAGAAACCAUCAUUAGACCGGGAAGAUUGAGCACGCAGCUAGCAAACCUGUCUCUAUUCUCUCGACCUGCUCAACUUCAGAGGGAGGAUGAAAAACUCUUCCUCCAGUAAGGCAAGAAGACAAUGAAGAAGGGACAGAGCGCUUUAUUAUACCAUUCUCUUGCUGAAAACAACAAACCUUUAAUUCAAUAGCCUGCUGUGAAUGCCAAUCAAGCAGGAAUAAUUCUUCUAGAGUAUUGGUGUUCUGCCGGUGACCCCUGUAAUAUUUUCAACCAGUCUAAGUACAUGAAUAUUGUGUGGCAACAAGUGCUGGAAGGAGGCUGAGAGGAAGCCAUUAUGUCUCUCUAUUGUCGUUCCUCGUCAACAAAACUUACAAUUAACAAAACAAACUGGAAAGAUAUAGCGUAUGUAUUACUGUUGUUAAUAAGCAUCUUUCACGGUGCUUCAGGGACAUGUCCUCCAGUUUGUAUAUGUGCCAGCGACAUAGUGAGUUGCACUAACAAGAACUUAUCUGUCGUACCCAGGACACAUUUCAAAUUUAUACGAAAACUGGAUUUAAGCUACAAUAAAAUUGGAUUUUUGGACCCAGACUGGUUUCCAUUUUUGCUUGAGAAAUUGGACACUUUAAUAUUAAACCAUAACACUGUUAGCAGCAUCUCUACUGGAAGCUUCUCCACCAUUCCAAAUGUAAGGUACCUUGAUUUAUCAUCAAACAACCUGAGAACACUAAGUAAUCCUGUUUUUCAAGAACUAAAAAUGCUGGAAGUCCUUUUGCUUUAUAACAAUCAGCUCACACAUAUUGACUCUGGUGCCUUUGGGGGACUACACAAAUUGCAGAAAUUAUACUUAAGUGGCAAUGUUCUGACACAGUUCCCUGUGGAUUUAUUUGUUGGGAGGAGCAAGCUUACAGAACUGGUACUCUUGGACAUGUCCUACAAUAAAAUUCAAGUUGUACCUGUCCAGCAAAUUAGCUUAAUUCCUGCCAGGCAACUUAGUGGAAUAUACAUUCAUGAAAAUACUUUUGUCUGUGACUGUGCUUUAAAUUCAAUGUUAAAUUUUUGGUAUCAUAGACACUUUAGCCCUGUAGUGGAUUUUAAAAAUGAUUAUAGUUGUAUUUUGUCAUCAGAUCUUAAGACCAAAUUGCUGCUUAUUCAAGAGAGCUUUCUAAAUUGCUCUGAGAACACUGUGAAUGAAUCUUUCCAUGCUUAUGGCUUUUUGUAUGAGGCUCAGGUUGGGGAAAGGCUGGUUGUGCAUUGUGACAGUAAAAUAAUUGAUGCUGGCACUCAGUUCAUCUGGGUGAGUCCUGACAACAGAACACUGGAACCAGAUAUCAAAACUGAUCAUUUUCAUGUGUUUUACAAUGGAAGUCUAGAAAUUGAAGAUGCACAAAUAGGGGAUUCUGGGGUUUACUCGUGUAUUGCAAUAAAUAAGAAGAGUCUGCUUAAUGAAACCAUAGACAUUCGAAUUACUGUGAGCAAUUUCACAACAAACAAAUCUCAGUCUCAUGAAGCAUUUAACACAGCUUUUACUACACUUGCUGCUUGCGUGGUCAGCAUAGUUCUGGUGCUUCUGUACCUUUAUCUCACACCCUGUAGGUGUUGGUGUAAAUCAAAAAAGAAGAAAAGGAAACCCAAUCAAAGCAGUGCUCAUUCCUCAAUCUUAAGCACCACACCAUCGCAUGAUCCCACAAAUGAACGCAAGUCCAGUACUGGCAAGCGGGUGGUGUUUUUAGAGCCAGUCAAAGAAACAGAACAAGGACAGAAUGGAAAAGUAAGGCUAAUACAAACAGAAAAUCUCACUGCAGAAAGCAUUUUAAAGACCACACGCUCAAAAUUAGACUCAGAUUCUAUCAGUUCGGUUUUCUCUGAUGCUCCUUUUAUUGCAUCUGUGUAACAAUCUGCCUGCCUUUGCUCAUUAAACUUACAGGAGGGCUGAACUCUUGGGAUUCUUAAGGCAACAGCAACAAUUCACUGAAAGUAAACAUCUAACAUUAAAUCUUUCUAUUGGGUGGGUUAUGAAAGCUGAUAAGGUUAUUGAAAUGAAAGGAAAUGAAUGUAAUAUAAUUUCACUAACUAAAAGCACAUAGAUACUAUAGUUAAUUCAGGAAUUACCUUUACAGUAGCAAUCUGUAUUCUCUGGCCAUCUCUCUUUCUUACAUUCAGUACAAAGCCUUCCGUUAUAGGGAGGCCAGUUCUUAUUCUCUCACUCUGGGAAUUAUUGUGAUAGUACCUACCUAGAAUUGAGCAGCACUUCUCUAUAGGAAAAGGUUCUGUCUUUAAUAUUAUUUAUAUAACCCUGAACCUUACAUAUAAAAAUAUAAAAUUGUUAUGGAUGUGACAUACUAAUGCCUAGACUUAACUUUAUAUAACCAAUUAUCACUUUGGGCCUUUAAUUUAUUAAGUUACAGAGAGUUGCAUUGUAGACCAAUGUAUUGCCGGUCACUGGCUGUGAAGAUGUUAAAUUUACAAUAUUAACUGUGUUCUAAAAGAACCCUUUUAGCACUGUUAUGACUCUGUGUUCUAAGAGCUAAAGGCUAUUGGUAUUACUUUUUCUGUCACUAUCAUUAUCAGCUAUAAAGAAUAGUUUAAAAAAAAAGACAUAGUUUUGCCUUAACUAUUUUAUUUGUGUCUAGUUCAAGUAGGGGAUUAUAUUUUCUUAAUUAUUACCAAUUAUCUUUUUUGGUCUACACGUAUAAAAAUCAUUUGCUGUGCAAGUGGUUAUACCAAAUGUCCUAUUAGCAGUGGCAUAAACUUUUCUAAAUAAAGGUUGUACUGCUGGUUGGUAUUACUUACUUAGAAGCAAGAAUCAGUAUUCAAGACAAUUGUUCAUUUGUAACCAAGAAAAGGUUCAUACCAAUAUUUAGGUCAUUGUUGCAACCUUUCCUAUAAAUUUUGCACAAUCUCACUUACAUUGUAGUACCAAUAAUGCUUUAAAGCAAAUGUGAACAUGUGGAUGUUUUUGUUUAAUUAUGGGGUAACUUGCACUGAUCUCAGUAAAUUAAGCCAAAAUGGUAUUUUCAUUAUUGUGUGUAUUAUGGAUUUGACCAUAGGACCUUCAGACAGGAAAAGGAUUUGUUUGAACUGUGAAAAUCCAUGUUAUUCACAUAUAGACAUUUAGAAUGCAAUGCAUAAUUUAGUCAGAAUUUCACCUGCCAUUGUUAUAUAUUCAUAUUUAUGAACUGUUGAAUAUAUUAGCAUUUAUUCCUAAGAGAUGCUAUGUGUAUGGUAAUACACAUAAAAUAUUGUAAUGGUGAUCAAUAUAAAUGUUUUUGCUCAUUAAAUCCUGUAUAAAGGUGUACUGACCACAAAACAGGAUAUUCUCUAUUAAAAUCUAUCUAUAUAUUACUAUUUAGCAAUUCAUCAGUCAGGCCUAGUUUGCAUCCAUUCAAAUACAUUUAUAUUUUAAUAAUUCCACUUUAAUGAAUAUUUUUUUUUAUUAUUUCUUAUGAAAAAGUAAUGUAUUGUAAGCAACAUAAUGAAUUGUGGAUAGCAAAAAAAAAAAGUAUCAGUAAUAUUAAAGUAGAAUACAAGACAUGGCAUUAGAUUGUUUAGUAGGAACUAUAUUAGCUAAUAAAAGUUAACAGUUAAAGUAUUGAA